AUGGACUUCAAGAAUGAUGAUGAAGAUGAGGGUACUGCAACUUGUAGUAGAUUUGAGAAGCUGAAGAAAUCAGAAGAUCAGCAAGAUUUGUUGAGUGGCUUGCCUGAUGAGAUUUUGCUGCAUAUACUUUCCUUUCUACCGUUAGAGGAUGCUGUAAAGACGGUCCUGAUUCGAAGAUUUGGAAACCUGUGGCGCAGUAUUCGAAUUCUUGAUUUUGAUCAGUGCCUGAACCAUUCCUGCUACAACGGUCCUUAUUGCAAUCAAAAGCUCAUGAACUUGAUCCAUCAAGUAGUGAAAUUCAAUGAGAGCAGAACCCUGGAGAAACUGCGUCUAAAGUUCGCUUUCCACAAGGGUUAUGACAGUAUUCUUGAAGAUCAAUGGCUGAAAAGUACUUCUAAUGAAAUCGAUUCGCUAGUUCGUUUUGCAGCAAGCAAGAAAGUGAAAGUUCUUGAUCUUGAUUUACUGGGGUGUGGUUUCAUUGAGCUCGUUGAAGAUUACUCUGUCCCUGAUGUUGUUUUCAGAAGUGAUCACUUGAUUGAACUAAGGUUGGCCGCUUGCAAUAUCGAAUUGCAGGGAGAGAUUAGUUUGAAAUCGGUCAAGAUCUUGUCCUUGAAGGAUAUUGAGUUGAAUGAUAACAUGAUGGAGAAGAUCUUACUUGGCUGUCCAUCACUUGAAGAUUUAACUCUGAUAGGUUGCUAUGGUUUGACAAAUUUGAAUUGCAGCAACAAUCCGAAUCUAAAGAAGCUGAAUCUUGUUCUGCACUUGGGGAAGACCUUGACAAUCCGAAUGGAAUACUGCAUUAUCAGUGGAGAAUUCUAA